CUACAUCGACCAAAGCUCAACAAGCCGAGCAGGAGCAUCGUGCGCCUACAGAGUACGAGGGUUCAGCUUCGGAAGAGACCCCUCUCCUGCCUCCGCCCCCAGCGUACUCCAGCACCGCUCCGUACAAUCAUGCAGUAAUUUCGCCUCUUGGAGUACCACCGCCGGCACCAGAUGGACACGGAAAGCGAGGCAGCGGGCGUCGCGCAAGGUGGAGGUUUUUCGGAGCGUUCGUAAUAGCGCUCACCGUGGUUCUCUCGGUAAAGGGUUUGGUGCAGGCGUUGUGGUCCUGGAAGUUGAACCAGCACCGGAAUUCUAGAAACGGGGCUGUAGAGCCGCCGACGACAUGGCCUCAUGAAGACGACGAUGGGAUCCCGGCGCAGUACUGCGUCAAGACAUCGCAAUUCUCCCGAAGCACCAGCGAUGGACACCUGCAACACACGUUUGUGCUUUCGUCCAAUGCCACCUCCCUCCUGUUUUUAUCUCGGGGGGAGGGGCUUUUCGGCGAGCUCGAGAUGGUGACUGCCGACGGAAUGGAGAAGCCAGAGUCGGUACUAUUCCACAUCAAGGCUCCGAGUUCGGAGGAGGGGACGUCAGCUCUGCAUUCUGCGUGCCUGUUAAGGGAAGUUGGUGGUGGUACCGGCGUCAGGCUCGUGGCCGCCCCCCACAUUAACGUAUCGUCUGCGGCCCGUCAACCGAUUCGCCUUCGCGUUGCCAUUCCUUUCGAUCCACAAGCUUACAGCCGUGGCUACGCCCUCCGCACUGUCCUCCCGUCCUUUACCCACAACGUUGCAAUCAGCAUCUACACCGGUACCACAUUUUCGACAUUCAGUCUUUCCUCCUCGGACGCGCCCAUCCGGGUUUCGGGCGUCAAUACCGAAACUCUACGCCUCAAUACCUCGCACGCGCCCAUCACCCUGGUGCAAUCCGCCAUCUCCGGCACGGCAGAGCUUACAAAUCAUAACGGGAGCAUACUGGUAGGCAACGCCACGGGUCUACAUAACCUCGAGCACCAGAAGACGGCCUCACGGCUCAUAAUGCGUACCACGGACGCCCCAUUAAAUGCUACCAUCCACCUCGUCGCCUCACCCUAUCACAUUCCAUCCUUCUCUUUGCAUGCACGCACCUCCGGCCCGGAUGCCCCGCUCUUCUUCGACGUCCCCUCCAUGUCGACCACGCUCAUGUCGACCGUCGCACUCUCUGCAAACACUGACGGCGCCCCGGCUACCGUCGAGCUCCCUCCCGCGUUUGAGGGCCAAUUCGUCGUGCGCGGCGCGGUGCCCGCGGUGUUCGUCCGGAAGGACCCGGAGGACCCGUACGGGCUGCGCAGGACGAGGAAGACGACGGUUUCGAUGGUGGGGGAGAACGGCAUGAUUGCGACGGGGUCGGCUCGGUGGUACCCCAAGCAUCCUCUGGCGGGAGACGUGUCGGUCGAAGAUGGGUUCGUGAACGUCACCGCCGUUGGGUCUGCCGCUUCGUUGAACUUGUGAAGGCGCUUUGGUUUCUGGUUUAGUUGAUAUAAAUUGCUCUCCAACUAUGCAUUAAUAGGUUCGAUCUCGGUGUGUAUCGUAGUCUUUAGUAGUCUUUGGGUAUAAUGGCGACUUCGCUCUUU